UGUGAUCAAUACGAUCAAUGACCACCAAUCCAGGUAUAUGAGGGUAUCGACGGUUUUUAAACGGAAAUUUAUAAUGUAUAAUAAUGUGUUUGUUAUAUAAAUUGUAAAUAAAAAUAUAAGACUCCUUUGACUGACAGCUAGAGAGUUGUCGAUACUGAUGUAACUGAUACCCGGGAAGUAAACGAUUUCACAAUAGACACCUACCCUUUAUUGACAGAAAUGAUUUCGAAAUCAUAACAUUAUAUAUAUAUAGGUAGAAUAAAAUGGCGGAGACACCUGACUUUCCCUGACAGCUUAAACAACAAAUGGAUAUUGUAUGAUUUGUUAUUUUUUAUUAAGGAUUACAAAAUGAAACAAGAAUUCCAAAGAAAUAUAAAUUCAGAGGACAACGAUCUAGGUUUUUGUGGAAGCUGCUGUGUUGCUUUGUCAACAAUUCUCAUCAUUUUUACUUUUCCGUUCUCCUUAUGUUUCAUAGUAAAGAUUGUACAGGAAUAUGAACGUGUUGUUAUAUUCAGACUUGGACGGGUGAUUUCUGGUGGUGCUAGGGGACCAGGUUUAUUCAUCGUCUUUCCUUGCAUCGACGAAUAUGUAAAGAUAGAUUUAAGAAUGGUGUCCGUGAAUAUUCCCCCGCAGGAGAUAUUGACAAAGGAUUCGUUAACUGUUUCUGUAGACGCUGUGAUAUUUACCAGGAUAUUUGACCCCGUCAUGGCCACAUGUAACGUAGCCAAUGCUAGAUAUUCUACAUCCUUACUGGCAGCAACAACUCUCAGGAAUGUGCUGGGUACAAAAAACAUGGCGGAAUUAUUAUCGGAUCGUGAUACAAUCGCGGACCAAAUGCAGGAAAUAUUAGACGAAUCUACAGAUCCCUGGGGUGUACAAAUUGAAAGAGUUGAAAUAAAAGAUGUUAAACUACCGAUACAGCUACAACGAGCAAUGGCUGCUGAAGCUGAAGCGUCAAGAGAAGCACUCGCCAAAGUAAUAGCGGCUGAAGGUGAACAGAGGGCAUCAGUGGCUCUAAAAGACGCAGCUGAGAUUAUGAUGCAGUCACCGACUGCCAUGCAACUCAGAUAUAUGCAGACCCUCGGUACUGUAGCUGCAGAACGAGAAUCUACCAUUAUAUUCCCAUUACCUAUGGAAACAAUGUUCUCACUUGAUAAAGUGGUUCAUCAGAGAAAGCUUACACCAAUACAAACACAAGCGUUUGCCAAUACCGAUGUCGUUUCUUACAGUACCGAAGGCGUUUCUGCCAAUAUCGAAAUUGCAUCUGACAAUGCCGACGUCUUAUCUGAUAAUUUGGAAGUUGUGUCUAUCCAUACCGAAGUCACAACAUUGUAACGUCAAUUACAUAUAACCAAUGAACUAUUUUCAGUCGGAUUUCUUGAUUUAUGGUGCCUUUCCUGGAUAUAUUAACGGUUUCUUUUGACUUACUUUGCCUUCUACGCUAUGUUUUUGAUAUUAUCAGUAUAUUUAAAUAAAGUUUUUAUUUGUAA